AACUAGACCCCGGAGCCUCCAGCCAGAGCCGCAGCACCCCUCAGAGCCGCCGCUGAUAAGCUCGCCAUGGCACAGCCCGAGGUCGCCCCCGCCGCCAGCAGGCACGCCAAGUCCGCCUCCGCCGCCGCUUCAGCCGCUAAGAAGUCCGGCAAGAAGAAGAAGAACCAGCCCGGCAAGUACAGCCAGCUGGUGGUGAACUCCAUCCGCAAGCUGGGCGAGAGGAACGGCUCCUCCCUGGCCAAGAUCUACGGCGAGGCCAAGAAGGUGACCUGGUUCGACCAGCAGAACGGCCGCACCUACCUCAAGUACUCGGUGAAGGCGCUGGUCCAGAACGACACCCUGGUCCAGGUCAAGGGGGUCGGCGCCAACGGCUCCUUCCGACUCAACAAGAAGAAGCUGGAGGGGCUGGCCGUGCCCAAGAAAGCCCCCGCCGCCAAGCCAGCCGCUAAGAAGCCGGCGCCCAGCACCCCCAAAAAGACCCCCGCCAAGAAGGCCAAGCCCGCCGCCAAGAAAGCCAGCCCCAAGCCGGCCGCCAAGAAGGUGAAGAAGUCCCCCCGCAAGGCGGCCAAGAAGGUGGUGAAGAAGGCGGCCAAGCCCAAGGCGCUGAAAGCCAAGAAGGCCAAAUAGAUGGACUUACAUUUUUGGGACUAAAAAAAAAAACUUUUGUUAUUAUUUGAUGAGAACUUUAUCGUCCAUUUUUUUAUUUUA